UAAUAAAUGGGAGAGGAUUUUUAUUUUGUUUCCAAGGCAAAUAUUUGAUUCCAAGAUAUUAGACAGAGUUUCUCGGCUGUAGUUGCCCCAGCUUUCUCUAUCUCCCUCUAACUCUUCAAAGAUGCUCAGCACUAAAGAUUAACAAGAAAGGGCAUCAUGAGAUUAUAACAACCUUGCUCGGUCCUUAUAGACUCACGCUGCAUUUCAAACGUCAGCGUCGUGACGAUUCAUGAGCUUACUCCAAACAUAUGACUGUUAAAGGUUCCAUAGAAAGGGAGCAGAGACAAAAACUGAUACAAGAUGCUUUCAUAGCAGUGCUACAAGUUUUACUGUUCUAAAUAAUUUCCCUUUCCCUAUCAGAAAAAGGCUAAGCUUAUAUAUAUGCGUGUGUUUUCACAACAAAAAUCAUAGUUCAUAAGCUUUUGGGCAUAAAAGGUGUAAAAAUGAAGCCUGUUGUGGUAAUGCUUUCAAUAAAUCUUGCUCUUGCAGGUGUGAACAUACUACUUAAGGAGAUUCUUAAUGAAGGCAUCAGUCAGCUACUCAUCGUCGUGUAUCGACAGACGAUUUCCUCUCUUUUUUUGUUGCCAAUAGCCUAUUUUUGGGAAAGGAAAACCAGACCUCAGCUUACAGCUUACAUCUUAUUCCUCCUUUUCAUCAGUUCCUUACUUGGGCUAACACUAACAUUAUACCUAUUCCUAAUUGGUCUGCACUACACAUCUGCAACUUUCUCUUGUGCAUUUCUCAACCUGGUGCACGUAAAUACGUUCGUUCUAGCCGUAUUACUCCGAAUGGAAAAAGUGGACAUGAAAAGCAAGGGUGGAAGAGCCAAAGUGCUUGGGACUCUGGUGUGCAUUUCAGGAAACUUACUUCUGAUUCUGUACAAAGGAAUGCCGUUGACCAGCCCGGGUUCAGCAACUGCGAAAACGAACGGAGCUCGUGUAACAGUUCAAGCUGAAACACCAGGAAAGUGGCUAAUAGGUUCAUUGGUUUUGACUGCAGGCUGCUUUAUGUGGUCCUCUUGGUUCCUUAUGCAAUCAAGAGUUGGCAAGGUUUAUCCAUGUCAAUAUUCUAGUACCUGUAUCAUGUCCUUCUUCAGUGCCAUUCAAUCAGCUGUUUUACACUUGAUUAUAGACAGGAAGAACUCCGUGUUCAUCGUGAAAGGGACGUUCGCUAUCUUAAGCCUCGUAUAUGCUGGAUCAGUGGGUUCAGGGCUGUGCUAUGUGGGGAUGUCUUGGUGUGUGAAACAGAAAGGGCCAGUUUUUACAGCUGCUUUUACUCCUUUCAUGGAGGUUUUUGCAGCCAUAUUUGAUUUCUUCAUCUUGCACGAACAGAUUCAUCUAGGAAGUGUUUUAGGGUCAGUGAUGAUCAUAAGUGGAAUGUAUAUCCUUCUGUGGGGAAAGGACAGAGAAGCAAAGGAGUGUGCAGUGAAGCAAAGGGUAUCAGUGGAAGAAGGCUAUCGUAAUUCAAACAUACCAACCACAAGCACAGAUGCAGUGGAGCAGAUAUAAAGUUCCCCAAGUUUUUUUUUUUUNUUUUUUUUUUUUUUUUCUUUUUU